CGAGCCAGCCCGCCUGCGCUUUCUCGCUGCCCUUUUCUGCGGGAGCGGUGGUGAAGGGAGAAGAGUGUGGGGCUGUGUGGAGCGACGGUCGUGUGCAGCAGCCAGGGCUGUCUUAGAGAAGUUGUUGUAGCUUCAGAGCGCUGUGGUUAAACGCUCGAAAUGCAUAUAUUGUGAGCUUUUCAAAACUAUAUGCACUUAACAGAAUAUCUGUAGCAGCUAUGAAGCAAAUUAAUGUCUGGUGAAGCUUUUGAAGUGCUUUAUAGCUGUGGCCUUUCAUACAAGCACUUCUGAAUUGCUUUAGAGAAAACUCCUAAGCCUGUUUGCCUUAAUAAGUAAAGACAAACUUCCUCUGAUCCUGGGUAUGAUAAAGGUUAAUACUUUUAGAUGCAAGGCAAAUAGAAGAGGUUACAAUGUAAUAUAAGUUGUCUUACUAUAUGUAUAAAGCUAAUGGCAUUUUUACUCAGACUUGGUCACUUUAACAGAAGGACUGGCUGUAAGGUAAGUACUUACCCUUAAACUGCUAUAAAAAUUCAUUUUGAAACAGAAAAGCCUUGAUGUUCUCUUUGAAUAUUUCCUGAGUAGAAAGACCAAGAGGCUGAGGUACGUAUGUUUUGUCAUCUUGUGGGUGUGUGUUUGUAUUUUAAAAGUAAUAACUUAUUGUGAAUAUGAACACUACUUGUUUUGUGCCCUUGCUCAAUCUAGCUAUUGUGAUAGCACCACAUUUAAAUGAGCAGGAGUUAACCCAAGCUCUUUUUCUGAACUUGGAGGGAUGGUGACUCUUGGACACCAAGGCUGUCUGCUUUUGCUUUGUAAGAGUGUAUUUCUAAAGAGACAUGGUGUAAAUACCUUCUGUUAAUGCAGCUUAUUCUCCUUUCAAUGGCUUUUUCCUUUUCUGCUUGCCCUCUUGUCUGAUGUUACUCAGGACAAAAUUUCUGGCUAUGGUAGUUUUUGUACCUUUGAAUUGGCAAUAUGUUUGCCCUGCCCCUCCUCUCAUCUCCUCUUCCUCUCUGAAACUAGUUUUAGAACUCAUACUCUGUAGCUAAUGAUGUUCUGUUAAACAGCUGAAAGAAGGUAAUUUCUGUGUAGAAAUCCUGAGUUUGUGUAUGAACAUUGUGCUCUUGAGGAAUUAGGCUACCAGGGCGGCUUGCUUAGCUGUUGAUACCUGCAGGGACUGUCGGAGUUUUUUCCAACGUAGGAGAGAGUAACUUACUGCUCUCUAUUUAUCCAAAUUCAGUUACUGUAAGAUUGUGAGAUGUAAUUAGGAGCAUAAAUUCGCAUGUAUACUAAAUAUCAUGAAAAGAUUCCUCCUAAAAUUUGGUAUGGUUGGUUCAGGCUUUUAAAGAUUCUGUUCUUAAAAUUAUAGCACUCAUUUUUUUCCAACUAUUUCUUACUCUUUCCUCCUACCUCCUUAGGAGGAGAUGACUCCUGAAUGAAUGGGAUGAUGAAUUGCAAAUGUUCAGACAAGUGUAGUUGUAUAGCAUUGAAACUUGACAGAAGCUGGUAGCUAUUAUGAAAUAUGAAAUAUUAUGAGCAAACUCAUAUUUCUCUUUGCAAUCUACCUUACCAGGCAGAAUCUCUUGAGGUUAAGCCACAGAUAAUACUUUGGCCUUUAACCAUUAAUGUUUGAAUUAUUACAGAGGUGUUGUCUUGUCAUGGUCCAUCAUAAGUAUGAAGAAUACUAGAUAGUACAUCUCCAUUCAUACUAACUGAAACAGUUGUUUCUAGCUCAGUUUUUCAGGAAUAUCUGUUGUAGGAUCUUGGUGAGCUUUUUUUUGGCUGCCUCUUAUUUGAAAUAACUGUCCUGCAUCCCACUACUGUUGGAAUAACUGGCCACACAUGGAGUGCCUUUGGGACCCCUGUUCUGAUUUUUCUGCAUGACUUUCCUCUGAAUUUCUGGUGGGUUGUAUGCAAUGUAAGUUCCCAAAAAAGAAUGCUCUAACAAAAAGCUCUAUUUCUGUCUUGAGUUCUGACCUGCCCAGCAAAUAUAUAAAAUAACUUGGUAGUAUGGCUGAAGAAAUGCUUGACUGAAACUUGGUAUUUAGAAGUCAGUUGUUAGUAUUGAGUAAUCUCUAUAUGAAAUGGAUUUUUACAGUUAUAAUCAAGUUGCAUAUGAAAUAAAUAUUAAUUGGCAUUAUGAUUACUCAGCUUCCUUGGAAAAGCUUAACUUCUUUCUGAAGCAUUUUGCCCAGGUUAGGCAAGGGUGAUGAGAAGAUGACUAUCACUCAGUCACUUUGGCUUUCUAUUAGUUAGGACUGUGUUAUAAAUGGCUUCCAAGUACACAAUUGUCUCCCUCCCCGCCAAGAGUGACAUGAUAUUUGAAACACUGUUAGAAUUACAGGUAAUGAUGAAGUUUCUUUGAACAAACUUGUUCUGAAGCUUUCUUUUUUUCCCAGGGGAUGUGAGUUAUGUAUAAUACUGAAGAUUUAAGGAGGGAGGGACUAACAAAUUUGUAGUCAUGCCUCAAACAAAUGAGUAUUGAAAUAUUUUUUUUAAUCCUAAAUAAAGGUAUGAAACAUAGUGGUUUGAAUAAGUGUCUUAUAUUGUAAUAGUAUGGUAUACACUAGUACUUAAUCUGUAGAGGAAGGACUGCUGGAUUUUAUGCUGUCUUUGCUCAUAUAUAACAUACUGAAAAGUCUGUGUAUAGUACAAGACUAAAAUCAACAAUCAAUGUUCUAUGACUCUGUUCUGACUAUGGAGCUAGUAUGCUCUGUAGCACAUCUUUGUAACCUUGACUUGCGGCAUUUACUGAUGCAUGCUACCACAUGGUGUGUAGCUGGCAUGCAGGCAGGCUACAGGAAGGAGAUUAUACACACUCUCAGGCCCUUGAUUAACACAAGCAUUUCAGCGUAAUGCAUUUAUCUUGGAAAACAAGUCACUGGAUAGUGCAGAAAUCCUUAAACUUCCUGUUGUUCUUCCAGGCUGUUCAAAUGAUAGUUAACAAAAACACUGGAGAAUUGCUAGUUGAAAAAUGUUGCAGGAAUUAAAUUUAUAUUUUUUAACAUCGUUAUGCUUCAGUCCUGAAGUCAACUAUUCCUAUUCCACUUUAGUACAGGGAACUUGAUUGCUGGCUGUCACCAGUGAGGAGUUGUAUUUCAAAGGGUCAUAAGUAAGCCCCUAUGGCCAAAUUUUCUUAACACAAUUUUCAAGCAAAAUCUGUGAAGAAGGACAAAUCUACAAUUUAUAAUAAGUUUUGUAGUGGAAACUGAGAGUAUUUUCAAAUACUAUAGAUAAUAGCAGGCUGCUCCACAGUGCUCUCGCCUCAAAACUUGAGUUAAAAUAGAUUCUUAUUUUGAAUCUAGCUUUAGUGGCAAUACUUGGUGAUUUAAGGUGUUGACACUGUUAUGUUGUUUUUAUCUAGAAAAGACAAUUUUGCAUGAAUCUGCUGAUUCAUCUUUAUUAGAAUGCAAAUUAACUGUUUUUUUGAUUCAUCCAUGUUUCUGGGAGAAGUAGAAUAAUAGUGUGAGCAACAGUUCUUUAAGAUAUGGCAUCUUUGAUCAGUCUCUCAGGUCCUUCUUGAUACAGAUGAAGAGCUGUUUUUGUUUUUAUUUUAUUCUUUAAAAGGCAUUUUUUUCUUUUGUGGUGAGGUUAAGCAUCAUUCACAUAUCACAGUUCAGCUUUCCUGAAUCUAACCCCUCUGUAACAAAUCCUUUCAAUGCCACUAAUCCCAAUGUUUUUUGUUUGGGGUUGUACUUAUAUAGGUAGUUGUGAGAUUUAGUUGUCUUUGUUUUUCCUGCAAAUGGGAAUGUCAGAAAAAAGUCAUAUAUUCUACAGUUUAUUGUAUGUUCACUUAUUACAAACCUUGAUUCCUUUACUUCUGUGUAUGAUUUGUUAAAACUUUAAAGCUAGAUAGUUCUCAAAUUCUAAAGAACUGUUCUGUAUUGCAGUAUAUAUGACGUGCUAAAUAUCUAAAAAUGCAGUCAUUCCUGACAUCACCUGGAGGGAAAUAACCCUAUUGUGGUUGUAGAACUCUAAUCAGACAAAAGAGGAAACCAUGUAAUCCUACAGAAGAGGUGACUGUUUUAUAUAGGUGUGACUUGCUGCUUGCCAGUGCCUGCAUCUGCUUGGUUGGGGUUCUUUUUGUUUAGCAAAGCAGAUGAUCUGUUGUGCAAAUGCUUGGCUGAGGAUGGAUAUAAUUGCUUAUUGAUCUUCAGCUUGAGUAUAAAGAUUCUCUUUCUUGUCCCUUCUCACAAUUGCUUAUUGCUGGUUCAUUAGUUUAACCAAGUAUCUUCCUUAGGUGUUUUUUAAUUAUUCAUUUUUGAACUACUAAUGAUAUGUGCUCAGCUUUCCAGACUAAUUCACUUCUUCCUUCUUUUGGCCAGACUGUUGUAUUCAUGAGGGCAUGACAUACUGUUUUGUGCUCUUGUAACAGGUACUUUUUAAGAGCUAAAGGAGACUUCUUAACCUGCUUAUACAAAGAAGUUCUGGGCAUUUCUUGGAUUUCCCCUCUUUCCUGUAUAUUUAAAAUUUUAUGUCUUUGUCUUUCCUGCUCAUCGUGAUGGGUAUGAAACUUGUUUUGAACAGAUCUUGGCUGAAGGGUGAGGAUGUGUGUACCUGUUGCAAAAGAGGGUAGGGAGGCACAGUGAGAUCCUAGCUGAAUUAGGGGCAGCAGAUGAGUGAUUCUAAACUUCUGUUUUUGGCUACUGCAAACUACAGUUUUAAGUAUGAAGUUCUACUGUGUUAUAAAAAGGGUUUUACUAUGGUAUUUAACUUGAAGUCCAGAGUUCUUUAAUCUGAAAUUAAGGAAUAAUUUCUUAAAGCUCGACUUCUCUAGAAUGUUGACCUAUUGUGCUGUUUUGUCUACAAUAACACUUUAGGAGGUAUUUUCCUAAAACUACAAAAUGAAUCCUUAAGCAUAGAAUGAUUAGUGUUAAAGAGUGCUUACCAUCUUCCCUCUGCCUCUUUUGCUGUGUAAGUGGACAACAUAGAGUGUCACAAUGUAUUUCCAGAUUAAAGGAGGAAAGGAACUUUUCAAGGCAACUGAAUAAGUGUUGUUUGAGGAAGGCUAAAUUUUAAUAUAGAAACUACUAUAUAGGAUCUAGCCCUCAUCGUUGAACGUGCAUAGAGAAGAUUGCUCUUCUACACUUAACUCUGUUUAAAAAAUAAAAAAUGUUUUUAAAAAAUUGCUCUUCAGUACAGUACUUCUUUCAGAUUUUGGCCUUUUUCAUUCUUUUCAUCUCUGCUUCUUCCUCUUUCUCUUCUGCCAGCUUUUAAGUGAGUUAAGUCUGCCAAAGAAUAUGUCUUGUUUCAUUUUAAAUACCUACCACAUCCUCUGCUACUUAAAGGGCAGGUUAAUAUUCUAGUUUUUCUUGUCUCUGUGGUAUGCAGCCUUAUCUCUUCUGGCAGCAACUUGUUUUGAAGAUUUUACUGGUACAUAGAAAAGCCACUUUAAUGCCACUGUUGUACUGAACCUUAGGUUUUAGCCUCCUAUUGGCUUCCUUAACUCAUGAAUAAAGUCAUGUUGUUGUAGAUUUGUGAGAGCUUGGAGAAGUAUUGGAACUAGAAAGAAAGGCUUACUUGAACUAGAAGUUAAAGAUAUUAUCAUGAUGUUAUCUUGAAUGUUUGGGUGGAGGAGUUAAGUGUGGGUGUAGGUUUUUUGUUUGUUUGUUUUUUUUAGUUCCUGAAAUAUAACUGUUCAACCCCCUUUCCCCUCCGAUUUUCUUCUAUUUACUGGUGUGAAGUUGCCAAGGAGCUCUUAUGUUGAAGUACAAAGGUAGCAUUGCCCUGGAUAUUGUGGAUUUUUAGCAAUGAAUGUAUGAGAACUUUGGAAAAGUUAAUAUUGAUGACUCUUGGAGAGUGUGUAACACUAAUGACAUGCCUUGUCUUCAUUUGACUGCUUUUUAGGUAUUAGAGUUCAGUCUGAAAUGGCUCCAUGCCUUUCUUAUCUUCAUGUCCAUGCAUGCUGUUGGGGAACUUCAUAACCUGAUACUUCUUAUCACUUAGCUGUCAAAUGGAUGGAGCUGCCUGGCCUUGCGUUUGCUGUUUGGAUACUCAUUUGCUUCUAUGCACCUGUGGAUGGCUAUCCAAGUGGAAAAGUAAGAGAAGCCUGCACUAGCAUGAUACCCUGUCAUGGUAGCUCUCCACAACUGUCACCUGAGCACACUAUUACAGUGAAUGGGACUGAAUUUAAACCGGGGGACAACAUAGAAGUUCAUCUGUCUGGACCAGAUUUUGAAGGAUUUUUUAUACAAGCCCGGGAUGCAGAAAACCUUGAUAGCCCUGCUGUUGGUUCUUUCAUGUUAGUUGACCGGAGACUUUCUCAGCUUCUAACAUGUGGCCGUACCAAGAAUUCAGCUGUCAGUCACACAAGUAAAGCAAAGAAGAAAUACAUAAAAGUUUAUUGGAUUGCUCCUGGAGAUGCACCAAAACAUGUACAGUUUCUAGCCACAGUUGUGAAGAAAUACAAGACCUUCUGGGUGAAGAUUCCUGGCCCCGUUGUUUCUCAGCCUAAUACACCAUCCCCAACACCACCCUUGCAUACAACACCAGAAGCUAUAUCAACUUCACACUUGGUUUCCUACUUAUCGAAGCCCUUUAAUGCAUCAGGUUGUGGAAGUAUGAAGUUCUGCAUUAGGAACCCUUCAAACUGUGAUCCUGAACAUGCUUCCUGUUUUUUUCUAUCCUUCCAACAAGAGAAGAGUUCAGUAUUUAUUGAAAUGAGUGGUCCAAGUGAAGGAUAUUUAGCAUUUGCCUUGUCCCAUGACCAGUGGAUGGGUGGUGAUGAUGCAUAUUUGUGCAUUAAUGAGGACCACAGUGUUCACGUAAGCACUGCCUAUCUGAAGGGGCGAAGUCCUCCUGUUUUGGAUUCAGAGAAUUCCCUUGAAGAUGUGUCAUGGAGGCUUGUGGAUGGUGUUCUUCAAUGUUCUUUCAGGAGGAGUAUUCGUCUUCCUGCCUAUAAAGGGAGGUUUAAUCUGGAUGCCAGUUACUACAUCUUUCUGGCAGAUGGGGAAACUAGUGAAGGUGGAUUAAUACACAAACAUAGUCGUCAGCCUCUGAUCACCAAUGGAAUAUACAAUGUCACAGGCUUUCCUCAGGAUAUUGGAGGUUCCCGGUCCCCAAGGCUUAUCAAGGCUCAUGGAGCACUGAUGUUUGUUGCUUGGAUUACCACAGUUAGUAUUGGUGUUAUUGUUGCACGAUUCUUCAAACCUGUCUGGUCGCAUUCGUUCCUGUUUGGAAAGGAAAUGUGGUUUCAGGUGCAUCGUAUGCUUAUGUUGACCACAGUCGUGCUCACGAGCAUUUCUUUUUUGUUGCCUUUUAUAUACCGAGGAGGUUGGAGCCAACAAGCAGGUUUUCAUCCCUAUCUCGGCUGUACUGUGAUGGCUCUGACAAUCUUUCAACCACUUAUGGCAGGUUUCAGACCAUCUCGUCAUGCGCCAAGGAGGCAAUUAUUUAACUGGUUUCACUGGAGUACUGGUACAACAGCUAGAAUACUAGCUGUGGUGACUGUGUUCUUGGGAAUGGAUCUACCGGCACUUGACCUACCAGACCCAUGGGACACCUAUACAAUGAUUGGUUUUGUAGCCUGGCAUGUUGGUAUUGAUGUUCUUCUAGAAAUACACAGCUACUGUCUCAUACGUAAAGUUGAAGUGAUAGAGGAUGACAGAGUACAGAUACUGCAGUCACUCACAUCUGCAGAAGCAGAGGGUCGUCUGUUUAAUCAGGUUGUGUUAACCAUCUAUGUCUGUGGUAAUAUAGUAUUCCUCAUUGCCUUCCUGGCAGCAAUCAACCAAAUAUGAAAUAAGUCAUUGAGAAUUUUGUGAUGAAAUAUUGUGCAGUUGAAAAACCUGCAAGGAAUGAUUUCUAUUACAACUUUCCCUCAACACCUCCCUGAAGAUGUAAUUGAAGAAUAAUAGCACGUAUGUGUCAUGCUCGCUGUUAGGGAGAACUUGAAUUCAAAUCUAUAGAAGGAUGCUGCAGCCCUGCAAAAGCUGUCUUCUAAUGGGACUUUUAAUGGGAGUCUUUGCCUGAGUAAGGAAUGAAGUCUCUUAUUUUUUAACUGCAGUAAUUAACUUGAUUGAAGCUUAUAGGUUAAGAUGACUGAGAUGUGCUGUGAAUGUUGUUUUGAUAGUCAGUUCCCUAAACCUCUUGUGAAUAUUAUUGGGAAAACUGGAAAGAUUGAUCCAGAAUCUAUCAUAUCUGUUUACUGCGUUCUAAUGGCAUGUGAUGUGACAACUUCUUGCUCAUGAUUUUGUGCAUUUAAAAAAAAAAAACAACCCAAAACUUUAGUGAAAAAAACAUCACAAAUGCGGGUUGAUGCACAAGCUAAGUGCUGUUGUCUAUCUUUGCAGUUAAAUGCAAAAAACUACUAUCUCUGCUGUAAGACCAGUACAUUUACACAAGCAUAUGAGUUUGGGAACUUCAGUCCUUUACUAGAACCAUCAUUUGCUUCGCUUAAAGUACUGUUCUGUUCCAUCCCCCUCAGUGCUUCUAAACCAUAAAGAAAACAUGUUUGCAACUUAAGUGCAUUAAAACCAGUUGUACUUUACUCAGAACUCAAUCAGGAGGAACCUAUCUGUGUGUAUGGAUUUUUGUGUUUUGCUGUCUUUGGUUGUGGUUUCUGCAUUACUUUUCUGUGUGAAUAAGAUGGAUUUAUACCACUUGAUGCUUAAAUGGAAGUGAAAAUAUUUCCUCAGGAAUGUUGCAGUUGUAUUUGCACUAUUGAGUGAAAUGUAGAUUAGGAGUUUGACUUCAGGAAAAGCAGCUUCUGUUAAUGUGAGGAGUCCUUUCAGCUAGCAUAUCUAGGAGACAGAACUGUCUUUAUAACAGUAUGGGAGGGCAUUUUUUGGUCAACAAUAGAUUUAUUUAAAUAUAUGAACUAGAUACAGGGAAUGGAAAGAAACUAUAUUGUUUAACUGUUUUGGUUCAUGGUUUGCUUAAGUACAGUGCUUUGCAUUUGUUUUUUGCAGCUCUGAACAGUUGGCUUCCACACUUCAUUUUUGAUACUAGAAAGUAUCGAUUUUUAUUUAUAAUGCUUCAAAAUGUCUUCAGCCUAGGGCUACUAAGCUAGCUGGUAGUAAAAGUGUUGGGAGUAUUAGAUAAAAUAAUAAUAGUGGGGCCUGGCUUGGUAUAGACUAUUACAGCAACAUCUCUCUACAACCUGAUGGCCAGCUCUAAAAUACUUGUACGUGUGGGUCAGGCAGUGGUUCUCUCCAUUUACUGAAGCUGUCUAUUUCUGUCUCUUCCUCCAUCUCCCCAAAUCCACAGUGCAGCCUUUUGCAAGGACAAGUCAGUCAGAAAGCUACAAGUUUGUUGAUAGUCAGUGAUCUUCUUUUUGGCUGGUCAAGUAACUGGUUUAACCAUAAGGGCACUUACAGAGCUGGGAUUAAUCCAUUUGUCAGCAGUAGCAGCAGACCGCAAGUAAGUGUAAGUUGAAUUGUUCCCCUUCCUCUUGGAAGUUGGAAAAGUCAUGUGCAGAUUGGGAAAGGGGGACUGUGAAGAAAUAUGGCAAAACCUAGGCUGAAGGGCAAGAAGUGUAUGGCUAAUUGUGUGGGUUUGGGUUUUUAAGAGAACUCUUAGCUCAAAAGCCUGGGAAUCACAGGCCCAUCUAGUGCUAAAGUUUUGGGGGACUCUUUGAGUUUAUAGAAGAAAAUCUCCUCGACCUAGGCACAACUGAUGGCUUUUAAAUUAAAGUCAAUGCCAGAUUCUUCCUAUAAUACAAUAGCUGUACUGUGUGUUGUUUUGUUUGCAUGUGACAAUGAACACAGGGUUUUUAAAACAUGAAUGUAAAUAUCUUAAUAAAAGUUUCUCUCUUUUAGUAAGAUGAAAACACUGUCAAAUAGAAACUAGAAAAUAAUAGUCUUGCCUAGUAGCAAAAUGGAUUGUUUUCUUUGUAGACAUUGUUUUAUAAAUUAAAACUAUCUAAAUGCUUUCUGGAGAAACUCUUAUUGAAAUUGAAUGUUAGAAUAGUUUAUCUCUCUAAUGCAGUUUCUUUUCCUCAAAAAGAAAAAAAUCCUUGUUCCACAUCUAAUACAGCUUUAAAGUUGGCAAAAUUUUCAGUUGCUCCUUGGAUAACUUGUUCCUUCCCAGUGCUAGCAAUAUUGCGUAGUUUCUUAGGUGAGGCCUUAUGUGGAGUAUUGUAACUUAUAUAACAGAAAGACUUGUUAAUUUUGUGCAAUGUUUGUUCACACCACCACCCCUGCACCCUUCCUACGUGACUAGUAAGAGGAAGCAACGUGUCACUGUAUUCUACUGCUUCUAAAAUUUCUGGCAUACUCCAUUGAAAGAAAAGAAGAAAAAAGUCUAUGGAAGUGUUUGAUAUCAGCAGGAAAAUAGGUGACAGGCAGUUUGGGUCUAUAGACAAUGGUGGCUGCUGUAUAUAAACUUAUCUUUUUCCCUUGAAUGAUAAAAUAUUGUAUAGAAGAAAAUUCCCAUUACUUUGCUUCAUAAAGGAAUCCCACUGAAGUCAAGUAAACUUCUUCACAAGAAGAGAUCAAGAAGAUUUUGCUGUUCUUGUUUACUCUCAGAUUAAACUUGUGAUGACAAAUCAA